AUGGAAGCCGCCAUCCGCUGGUCGCCUCACGCCCACCAGCAGUCGCCGCAUUUCAUCAUCGUAGAUGUCGUCGGCAACCGGCUUCGCCUGUGUGAAGUCGACAAUGUCGACAAAAACACGGUCCGCUGGAAGCAGCUGGCUGUUCGCGACAAGUUGCCCAACUUCACCGCCUUCGAUUGGUCCAGAACCCACGAGCACUUUGUCGCCGUGGGCUCCGCCUCGGGCGAGGCCAGUCUGCUGGAGCUCGAUGCCGGCCGCCCCGAUUCCGUCUUCACUCAUUCCUUCCCCAUCAAGCACCAGCGCAAGUGCAACUCCAUCGCCUUCAGCACCAGCAACCUGCUGGCCACCGGUCUCGACAGGGUCCGCAAUGACUUUUGCAUGAACAUAUAUGACCUCAAUGCCGGCUCCUACACCGCCCAGCAGGAGCCUUACAAGAAGCUUGCCAGCUCCGAAGCCAUCACAAGCAUCAAGUUCUUCCCCGGUCAUCCCCAGACCCUUGUUGCCGGUGUGUCGCGUCAAUGCAUCCGCAUCUACGACCUUCGUGACUCGGCACCUGUCAGUGCAGCCCAAUAUGGGACUCGCCAGGUGCACAAUCUGGCCAUUGAUCCUUUGGACGAAAACUACAUCAUCUCCGCCGGCCCUACUGGAGAUCCGACCGUCAGUGUGUGGGAUCGCCGCUUUGCUUCGCGGCCAGGCCCUGCCACUCCCUCGACAGAGGCUCCUGCUGGUGCUGUGCUCGAACUGAGGCCUGCUGUCGACAACACCCACGGUGCAGCGGUCUGGGGCCUUCGCUUCUCCGGCACCAAACGCGGGUGUUUUGGUGCCAUCUCGAACACUGGCGAACUCAAGGUUGUCGAGGUGGCCCAGUUCGAGUCCAAGGACCAAGUGCCAGGCUCGUCGGGAAACGCAUCUCGAUACCAACACUUCACCAAAUACAGCCACACUCUCCACCACCCAUGGUAUGAUGCCGUCCAUGGCCAGGACGAGUCCACUCGGACCAUGGCCUUUGAUUUCAUGCCCGAAGGAUCCCCCAUCGGCACACACAGCACCAUCAACCUUCAGUACAACCGUGAAGUCAAGGUCACCAAGAUCCCCACCCAAUCCCCGUCCGUCCGUUUCACCGCGUUGGAUGAAAUCUACUGCAACCAAAUGGCCGUUGCGGAGCCUUCGCCACCGGAUGGGCCCAUUUCCGAAGAUCUCCUCAGGCUACAAACCCGCAUCACCGACGACGACAGAAGACCGUCGCAGGGCGCUUUCAAGGCCAAUACCGUCGGCGCUUUCGCCCGGUUCGACAAACUCAGCAUGGAAAACUUUGCCCACAAGGCUCCCGAUCGGGCAAAAGUAACGACAAGCCGUGAGCGCCACGAGGAACUUUUGACUCUAGGGUACCCCGGCGUGUCUCUGGGCAUCGCUGACAUGUUGAAGUCGUUUGGGAUCGCAAAGAGACGUGCAAAAGAGGGUUACUGUCUGGACUGUAAGAAAAACAAGCAGAUUCUCGCCAAUGACCAAUGGCUCGUGGGUCUAUGGGAGCUCGUGCAGCGUCUCGAUGAUCUGGCCAAGGAUGACGGCAUGGUUGCCGAAGGAGUCGACUUGAGCUAUCUCGGUGUCGCCUACAUUUGGGAAAACAGCCUCGGAGGCAAACAGAACGGGUAUCGACUCAUUGGCCGACCGUCAGUCUCGGCGCCCGACUUCCGCACCGUGAUCCGCGAGAUCGUGCAAGAAAAGGAGUAUCCGCCGUUCCAAGGGGUCAAGACGCAACGGCCAGAGCAUCGUCAGCUUUGCUUGGCCAUCUGCGGAUGGACGUUUUCGGCGCAGAGGAUACGAGAAAACUGCAAGGCUCUGAUCGAGCAGGGGCAGUACUACAAAGCCAUCGUGCUUGCAGUGUUCAAGGGGCACAAGGACAUUGCGCUCGAUUUCCUCAAGCAACUCGUCCGUCAGCGAUUGCUCCAGAACAUCGGGCUGGGCGCCGUCAUCGCGUGUGACACCGUGAACAAAGACCAGCGCGAGCUGUGCGAGUGGAUGGCUGAAGAGACGGAUGAUGCCUAUCUCAAGGCGCUUCUCCAAUACUUCAUCACGGCCGACUGGGAGGCGGUGGCCAAGAUCGAAGAGCUCUCGCUGGUGGACCGGGUCGGCGUGGCGUUGAAAUACCUAGACGACGACCAGCUGACGCAGUUCAUCAAGCUCGUCUCGCACGGGGCGCGCGUCUACGGCGACAUCGAGGGCAUCGUCUUCACCGGGCUCGGCGAGCGGGCCAUGGAUCUCUUCGAGCACAACAUCGCCAAGUUCGGCGACGUGCAGACGGCAGUGCUCGUCAUGGCGCGCACGAACCCGCUAUACGUGAGCGACCCGCGCUGGGAGUACUGGAAGGAGACGUACUUCAUGCAGCUGCAGACGUGGCGCUGCUUCAUCGAGCGCACCCGCUUCAUCGUCUCCCACAACCGGGUCGCCACCACCCGCGACGGCGUCUGCCUCAACAAACCCUUCCCCCGCCAAAUCACCAUCCGCUGCAUGCACUGCCAGCUCGCCCUCGCCCGCCGCGGCGGCCAGCUCGUCCCCCUCUCCUCAGACCAGCAACAACCAAACCCCACCGGCCCCGCCACCUCCACCACCACCACCACCACUCCCACCACCAUCCCCCCCUCAACAACCAGCGGCAUCGCCGCCGCCGCCGCCGCCGCCGCCGCCGCAGGCAAACCCGCCAAACCCGCAUCCAAAACACCCAACGCCAACACCACCGCCAACAACACCCCCAGCCACAACUCCGGCCUCGUCUGCCCCCGCUGCGGCCGCCGCAUGCCCCGCUGCGGCAUCUGCAUGAUGUGGCUCGGCAGCCCGGACCCGGCCACGGCGGGCGGCGCCGAGAGCCUCAAGACGGAGGACCCGGAGGCGCGCCAGAUGGUGUUUUGCAUGACGUGCGCGCACGGCUUCCACGGGCACCACGCGCGCGACUGGUUCGCCAAGCACAAGACGUGUCCGGUGCCGGAUUGUCAGUUGGGGCUCUUGAUCUUCCUCCAGGAUCCUUCCAUCUAUUGCUCGGGAAAUACCGACAAUGAUAUUGCUGGUAUCGGUGUUGUUUCGGUCUCUGUGGCAACAGCGUCCUUUGCAGUGAUCCUCUCAGUGCGUGCGGCAAUACUGGAUGGAGCCUCAUCCUCCGACGGCGUCCUACCGACCAAGCUGCGAAGUCAGAAGGAAUUGUACCCGGCUGACAUCCGAGCAUCAAACAAGGACAUGUUUAGCCGCGAAUGGGAACAUGUCGACCGCCUUUCUGAAAGCCAUUUCCACCUAAUAAUCUACCUGAGCUGUCUAUCCAGCAGCGCACAUCUGGCGAGCGUGGUGACCCUCAAGAGCUGUUUCAGAUCAAAAUCUGUUCCGGCUCGAAUCCGCCUCAAGCUCGUCGUCGUGUUUGCCCUCCGCCUGGCGGUCUCCUUGAUGAUAUCAUGGCCUCCCGGCUUCUCCGCCGUAGCCUACAUCGUCGUCAAGAAGGGGACGGCAACGAUUACAAGCUGGGUACCGGCUACCCCGCACUCCUGGUGCCUGGACGUGCUCGCAGCUCUCCUUCUCCUCUACCCCUUCUGGAUCGCCAUCAUCAACAUCUCCGAAGGCCUCAAGCAGACAGUGAGGCGGCAAAUCAGCAGCAUGUGGCAUUCCAAACGCCGCUGGCUGCCAGCCUACUGGCUCCACUCAGCACACCAUCGCUCGGACAUGCACGGAGGGCAGAAACAUCGCCUACACCGGACAACGGAGAAACGUGUCAAGGGGCUUUUCUGGUCCCUGCUGCUCGGAUCCACCCGCACGGCAUUCUUCCAAAAGCUAUUUUCCUUCAUCGCGUCAUUCGUAUUUGUCACUUUGCAGAAGACGCUCGAUACCCCAGAGCGAUACGGAAACGGACUGUGCGAUCCCACCACUACCGGGGCGGGACGCUGGGGGUGUUGGCCAGCUCUUGCCAUUGUGCUUGCUUUGCCAGCCGGCGCUUUCUGGCGUGGUAGCGUACUACGGUACUAUGUCGACGAGAUGUGGGAUUUGUUAACCACUGAGACGUUUUGCUAA